UAUAAAAUAUUUCACAAAGAUAAAGUAAAUGUGAUUAACGUCACACAAUUUGAUAUUUUUAUAAGGGCUUGGUGGAGGAACCUCACUGCAUCUGCUGGUGACGUCAUGAAUCAACAAGAGAGUUCAAUGCGAUUUUUGAAGGCGUUCGAUCCGUUCGCCAUCUUGGAACCCGAAAAAGUCGCGCUUCCAACAAACCUAGGAACAAAACUGGAUAAUUUCGGUUCCCUAUUAACUGUUAAGAAAGACGCUGAUGUUGUAGACGUUUUUGACAAUUUAUUCGUAACGCCACAACAAGUUACGCGUCAAAGUACAAAUUUUGACAAAGAAUUAACAGAGUUUUUAGAUAAAUACGAAGAGGGAAAAGUUGGUAAACUUAUUGAUAUAUCUGACGCUACUGAAAAGCCUGAAAACUUUCUGGAUGAAGGUAUCAAGAUUUUGGAGCCUAAAUUAGACUUACUUGAUGAAGUAGAUGCUACUGGAAAGCCUAAAAACUUUCUGGAUCAAGGUAUUAAGAUUUUGGAGCCAAAAUUGCAUCUAUUUGAUGAAGUGGAUGAAGAUUCUAUCGAUGAAUUGAUUUUGAAUAAGAGUAUUGAAAGUAAUCGCUUGAAAGAAAUAUCAGUAAAAAAUUCUUUAGUGACUAAUGUCUCACAAAUUGAUUUUCCAGAGGUCAAACGUGAAAGUCUAAAUAACGAAGCAGGCGAAAUUAAAAUUACAAAUUCCAAAAUUGAAAUUACAACACCGGUAAAAUCUAAAAUAGAAACUCCUAAUAUAAUCAAAAAUGAACAAAUUCGUAUCAUAGAAGUUCCUAAAGUAUUUAAGGAGGAAAUUGGUCAAAUAUCUAAAAAUUCUUCAAAAUCCGCAACAGAAUUAUUUGAUAAAGUUGUCAUAGAAACAGUUUCUAAAGAUCCCAAAGUGUUUCGAAAGCAACGUAUAGUUAAACCUGAAAAAGAAAUCUUGAAAUACACGAAAGGCGCUGAUUUGAACGAGAAACGGAUUGUAUUACCACAAAUUAUGGAGCGCUUACGAAGAAGAAAGUUCAUAUACGAAACAAAGGAGAAUUUGCCGAAGAAACUCAUCCUCGACACGGGCAAAACAGUAACUUCAAAAGUUUAUGACAGUCCGAAAGAAAUGAGUCCUAGAGACAUUCGUCUGAAGAAAACUGAAGAGUAUUUCAAUAAACAACAAAUUGGUAGCUUAAGUGUGAAUUUACAGAGAGACGGGUUCCACUCGGGCCCCAGUACUUCUAAAACUAUUUGUGAGAAAUCUAAAACUGAUCUAUGUGCAUCCUGUUCAGAAAUAAAGAAAGUACCGGACUAUUCUACUAAACAAUUGGAACGAGAAAUAUUACUAGCAAUGAUUUCUAAGAAAAUUGAUGGAACGAGUCAAGAUACUUCAAAUAAUCAGAAUGUUUUAUCACCAAUUUUACUUAUGGAAGAUUGUAACAAACAACGAUUGACAGAAUUUAAAAAACGGCAAUUAUUUGAAAAUUUCAUACGUAACGGUAAAAUGUGAUUGGUUAAAAGUUUAAGUGGAGGCCACAUAAACUCCUAAGUGAAGACAAAAAAGAACUCAAAUAUAUUUUAACUAGCUUUUGCUCGCGGCUUCGCCCGCGUAAAGGAGUUUUCUGGAAUAAAAGUCCACUGUAUGAUAAAA